AUGAAUUAAACUUUUAGCAAAAUCAGGCCUAAAACAACAGAUUCUAAGAUUCGAAAUUCUUCUCAUCAUUAAUUGAUCUCUUAAUUGUUUCAAUAAAUCAAUUCUUAUUAUGAAUAAGAAGAGAAACCAAGACCAAAAACUCAAUCUAGAUAAAGAAAAAUGAUUCCUUUAAAUUAUUCACAAUCUGAUACUUAUGACCCUACAGACAAUUUAAUUGAUAGAUUAUGUCCUACUAUAUAAUAAGAUGCAAAAUUUAUUUUUAUCAAAACAAGAGAAAGAGCCUUGCGUUAACCAUCUUCAGGUACAAGAAGAAAAAAAAUGAAUGAAGAACCAAAAUUUCAACUAAAUCCAAUAAAGAAAACCACUAUAAUUUAAGAAAUUACAGAAUAGACUGCUCCACCUAAAAGGACAAUUGAAUAAAAGACUGAUCAUUCAUUUUAUCUAGUCAAGUAGUUGCAUAUUAAUAUUUAGUUCUAUUAAUAUGCUCAAAACAAUGAAAAAAGAUAAAAUGAAAUUAUUUAAUUGCAGUUUUAAUUGACUUUUUAUUUUGCUAUUAAAUAUACGUGUUAAAUUUUAAUGAGCCAUCCUUCAACUCUUCUUGAAUAUCAACCAGCCAAAUAACCCCAUUCCAACAUUAUAAAAUUGCUCACUCAACAUCAAGACUUGUUUCUCAUUCAGAAUUAAACUCCUUCUACUUUAGGUGCUUAAUACCCUUUAAAUUUGGAUGCAAAGGAAAUACUAAUAGAAGUUCAACCAGAUCAAAAAUUCACUCAUCCAAAAUACUUCUAAAAAGAUAAUAAAGUUCAAAAAAUUACAAAAUAACCUAAAUAACCUGCAUCUACAAUUUUUGUAGAAAGUGGCCUUUGUGAUCCAAACAAGAAAGCUUGGUAUUACUUGGAUGAAAAUUAAAAGACUUAAGGACCUUACACAUCAGCAGAAAUUGAUUAAUUGAUCACUAAAGGCACUAUAAAUAUGUAAACUAAAGUUGCUUUAGAAACUUUAGAUAAAUUGGUUAGAGUUGAAAAGAUUAUUUAAGCAGUUAAUAAAAAAAAAGAAGCUGAUUAAAAAUUAAAAGAAGCAUCAAAAUUAAAAUAAGAAGAAGAAAAUUAAUAAAAAUCUCUUGAUUCACCAACAAAAGUUGAAAAAUAAGAAGAACCUAAAGUUCAAUAAUCAAAAUAAAAAGAAGAAUAAGGGAUUGAUUUCGAAAUAGACUAUACAAAGAUUAAAUAGAAUAUUGAUAUGGGAUAAUGGGCAAAGCCAUUAAUUGCAUAACCUAUAUAAGUCAAAGUUACAAAGGCUUUUACAAAUAAUCCAUAAUAAUCAAAGCAAUAAUAAAAAUAAACUAAUAAGCAAACUGAAAGAAAACGAAGUGACAAUAAGAGUAUGCAUGUAGAAGGAAAUAAAGGGAAUUUGUAUUAAAAAAAAGGAUAUGAAAAGUAAGAUAAAUUUUAAUCAUAUUAGAUAAGAGGAAGUGAUUUUAGAGGCUAAACCAAAAGAAGAAUCAGACGCAACUAUUAAUUAAGAAGUUUAAGAUUAUUUAAAGAAAUUGGAAUCUAAAAAAGCAGAGAUAGUAAAAGAAUAGAUUUAGUAAUAACAAGAAAAAUCAGAAAAAUUACCUUAAUAAUAAUAAACUUAAGUUCAAAAAGCACAGAAAUUGAAGACUGAACCUCCAAAAUAAGAAUAAAAAUUAUAACCUAAAUAGUAAGCAGAAACUGUAGAUAGUGGUGAUGAAGAGUGGGAAAUUGUUGGAGCAAAGAAAAAUGCAUAAACAAAAAAGGAAUAAUAAUAAAAAUAAACAACUAAAACUGAAUAAUUAACAACACAAUAAAAAAAAUAAGAAUAAUAAUAAUAAUAAUAAUAAUAAUAAUAAUAAUAAGAUGAAAAUGAUGAUGAAGAUGAAGAUGGAUGGUAAACUGUUGGUGCAUCUAAUAAAGAUAAAAAAAAACCUGUUAAUAAAAAGAUCUAACAAAAAAAUUCGAAUAUUCCUGGAUUUGCUGUUGAGGUAAAAACAGAUUCUAUAACAAUAUCAUCUGGAUCAGCUAAGAAACCACCCCCUUAAAAAUAAAAAAAACCUGAACCAGUAUAACAAUAAUAACCCUAAUAAUCACAAGCUUAAAAUUAACAAUAAAACAUUCAAAAUGCUGAUGAUGAUGAUGAAGGUUGGAUUGAAGUAGAAGUAGGCCAAGCACCGAAAAAGGUUACCUAAUCUAAAAAAGGAAAAUGAUACCUUUAGUAUAAUAUGUUAAAUAAAU